AUGAGUGUUAGUAGUCGAAUGUUAACUGAACAACUUCAGUUAGUGAAAAAAAGUCCGUCCCAUUGGGAAUUGAUUUUGAAUCGACCCGAUAAAUACAAUGCGAUCACCGGUGAUAUGUACGAUGGUAUCACACAAGUCCUGAACGAAGCAGCUCAAGAUCCAGAUCUUGUCCUACUCUCCGUGACUGGCAGAGGAAAAUUUUAUUCAUCAGGAACAGAUUUAUCUGAUCCAGCGAAAGCGUUUACAUCCACAGGCGAUGAUAUCGAAGGUGCAAUUGAACAAGGCAAGAUUCGUUUGAAAAAUUUUAUCGAAAGUUUCAUAAAUUUUCCAAAAAUCCUAAUUUCUUUCGUUAAUGGACCUGCUGUUGGUAUUUCUGUAACAACACUGGGUCUAUUUGACGGAGUUUACGCUUCAUCAGCGUCGACGUUUGUUUUACCAUUCACUCGAACAGCUCUAUCUGCUGAAGGUUGUUCGUCAUACGUUUUCCCAUCGCUGAUGGGUGCACUUCAAGCAAAAGAGAUUCUUCUCUUUGAUCGAAAAUUAACCGCGCAAGAAGCUCAACAACGUGGACUUGUGACUCAAGUCAUACAGGAAAGAAGUUUAUUAGACGGCAAAGCGUUGAUACAAAAGUGGUAUAUUGACAAAUUAAAGGAGGUUAAUGAAGAAGAACUGAAUACUUUGAAGCGGCGAUGGAUCGAAGUUAUGAGCGAGUCUUUCAUUAUAAACAAUCUAACAAAUCAUUUUUCGUUCGUGAUGUCUUGCAUGAAGCGAUUGGCUUUCGUACGAAUCGUUGGACAAUUAUCAAGUUGUUUUUAUCAUUUGUGA